ACACUCCAUUCCAGCUGGGCCCUGUCCCCACCCCACCCCUGCCUCUACGGUGCUCCCAGCCUUUGGGGUCAGAUGCCCAUGCUCUGGACCCUGCCCCUGAGGAGGUCCUUUCUCCUAGUGAGCUCCCUGUGCCUUCCCUCAGUCCAGGCCUGGGCAGCAGUCUCCCCAGCUGGUCUCCAUGUCGUCCUUCUCCAGUCCUCCUGGGCCAAAUCUGACCAGAGACCACCACAGGGACUGAGAGGCCCUGGCUCCAAGGCGACCCGGCCUCAUGACCACGUCUCCGCUGUGAGCAGCGCAGAGAAGGAAGCCCAGAGCAGGAAGUGCUGAGAGGCACAGGGUGGGGGUGGGGGUGGGGGCGGGGGCCUCCAGAAGAGGCGGGGGCUUCCUGCUUCAGCCUCCUUGGGCAGAAGCAGUGACCACAGGCCCCCAUGGCAGGCAGGGCGGGUGGGAGGAGGGUGAUUUACAAGGCAGAUGGGCCUCUGGCUACAGCUCAGUCCUGCACUCAGCCAGGGCCACCCCAGGGGCUAUAAGAGCAACUAGAUUUCUGGAGCAGCUCGGGGAUGGGUGCCGUUUGAGCCCAGCUUGGCUCCCCCUCCUGGCUGGCCUCCUUCCUGCCCUUCUUCUGCCUGCCUGUGUCUGCCGAGAUUCUCCAAAGAGGAACGCUUGGCACCAUGUCUCUGCUCAACCCUGUCCUGCUGCCCCCCAAGGUGAAGGCCUAUCUGAGCCAAGGGGAGCGCUUCAUCAAAUGGGAUGAUGAAACUACAGUUGCCUCUCCAGUUAUCCUCCGUGUGGAUCCUAAGGGCUACUACUUAUACUGGACGUAUCAAAGUAAGGAGAUGGAGUUUCUGGAUAUCACCAGCAUCCGGGAUACUCGCUUUGGGAAGUUUGCCAAGAUGCCCAAGAGCCAGAAGCUCCGGGACGUCUUCAACAUGGACUUUCCUGACAACAGUUUCCUGCUGAAGACACUCACGGUGGUGUCCGGCCCGGACAUGGUGGACCUCACCUUCCACAACUUCGUCUCCUACAAGGAGAACGUGGGCAAGGUCUGGGCUGAGGACGUACUGGCCCUAGUCAAACAUCCGCUGACGGCCAACGCCUCCCGCAGCACCUUCCUGGACAAGAUCCUUGUGAAGCUCAAGAUGCAGCUCAACUCUGAAGGGAAGAUUCCGGUGAAGAACUUUUUCCAGAUGUUUCCUGCUGACCGCAAGCGGGUGGAAGCUGCUCUCAGUGCCUGCCACCUCCCCAAAGGCAAAAAUGAUGCCAUCAAUCCUGAGGACUUCCCAGAACCUGUCUACAAGAGUUUCCUCAUGAGCCUCUGUCCUCGGCCAGAAAUAAAUGAGAUCUUCACUUCUUACCAUGCUAAGGCCAAACCCUACAUGACGAAGGAGCACCUGACCAAAUUCAUCAACCAGAAACAGCGGGACUCCCGGCUUAACUCCCUGCUGUUCCCGCCAGCACGGCCUGACCAGGUGCAGGGCCUCAUCGACAAGUAUGAGCCCAGUGGCAUCAAUGCACAGAGGGGCCAGCUGUCACCUGAAGGCAUGGUCUGGUUUCUCUGUGGGCCAGAGAACAGCGUGCUGGCCCAGGACAAGCUGCUGCUCCACCACGACAUGACGCAGCCACUCAAUCAUUACUUCAUCAACUCGUCCCACAACACCUACCUGACAGCCGGCCAGUUCUCAGGCCUCUCCUCGGCUGAGAUGUACCGCCAGGUGCUGCUCUCUGGCUGCCGUUGCGUGGAGCUAGACUGCUGGAAGGGGAAACCCCCUGACGAGGAGCCCAUUAUCACCCAUGGCUUCACCAUGACCACAGACAUCUUCUUCAAAGAAGCAAUUGAGGCUAUUGCAGAAAGUGCCUUUAAGACCUCCCCCUAUCCCAUCAUCCUGUCUUUUGAGAACCAUGUGGACUCACCCCGCCAGCAGGCUAAGAUGGCUGAGUAUUGCCGGACGAUCUUUGGGGAUAUGCUGCUCACAGAGCCCCUGGAAAAGUUCCCACUAAAACCAGGUGUCCCCCUGCCCAGCCCUGAGGACCUCAGGGGCAAGAUCCUCAUCAAGAACAAGAAGAACCAGUUUUCUGGCCCCACCUCCUCCAGUAAGGAUACUGGUGGGGAGGCUGAGGGCAGCAGCCCACCCAGUGCCCCUGCAGGUGAGGGCACAGUGUGGGCUGGCGAGGAAGGGACUGAGCUGGAGGAGGAGGAGGUGGAAGAGGAAGAGGAGGAGGAGUCAGGAAACCUGGAUGAAGAAGAGAUUAAGAAGAUGCAGUCGGAUGAGGGCACAGCGGGCCUGGAAGUGACGGCUUAUGAGGAGAUGUCCAGCCUAGUCAAUUACAUCCAGCCCACCAAGUUCGUCUCCUUUGAGUUCUCUGCCCAAAAGAACCGAAGUUAUGUCAUCUCGUCCUUCACAGAGCUCAAGGCAUAUGACCUGCUCUCCAAGGCCUCGGUGCAGUUUGUGGACUACAACAAGCGCCAGAUGAGCCGCAUUUACCCCAAGGGAACCCGCAUGGACUCCUCCAACUACAUGCCCCAGAUGUUCUGGAAUGCUGGAUGCCAGAUGGUUGCCCUCAACUUCCAGACGAUGGACUUGCCCAUGCAGCAGAACAUGGCAGUGUUUGAGUUCAACGGGCAGAGCGGCUACCUCCUCAAGCAUGAGUUCAUGCGCCGGCCGGACAAGCAGUUCAACCCCUUCUCAGUGGACCGCAUCGACGUGGUGGUGGCCACCACCCUUUCCAUUACGGUGAUCUCUGGGCAGUUCCUGUCAGAACGCAGCGUGCGCACCUAUGUGGAAGUGGAGCUGUUUGGCCUUCCUGGGGACCCCAAGAGGCGCUAUCGAACUAAGCUGUCACCCAGUACUAACUCCAUCAAUCCUGUCUGGAAGGAGGAGCCCUUUGUCUUUGAGAAGAUCUUGAUGCCUGAGCUGGCCUCCCUCAGAGUGGCUGUGAUGGAGGAAGGCAACAAGUUUCUUGGACACCGCAUCAUCCCCAUCAAUGCCCUAAAUUCUGGGUACCACCACCUGUGCCUGCACAGUGAGAGCAACAUGCCCCUCACCAUGCCUGCGCUCUUCAUAUUCCUGGAGAUGAAGGACUACAUACCUGGUGCUUGGGCAGAUCUCACUGUGGCCCUCGCCAACCCCAUUAAGUUCUUCAGUGCCCAUGACACGAAGUCUGUGAAGCUCAAGGAGGCCAUGGGAGGUCUGCCUGAGGUCUGUGUUGCCUGCACUGCUGCCAGGGGCUCACCAGAGAUCAGCCCUAUUUAUGGGAGAGGCUGGGGAGAGGGCCGAGUCCCAGGCUCGGGGAGAGAGGGCUGUCAAGCCACCUUCCUGACCUGCUCUCCCUACACAGAAGCCCUUCCCACUGGCGAGUCCAGUUGCCAGCCAGGUCAAUGGGGCGUUGGCCCCAACGAGCAAUGGGUCACCAGGUAUGAGCUUCGGUCCGCACACCUACUGGGGGCACCUCCACCUCUGCACCCACAGGCACUUCCCUUUAAAAAAUUUCACCUAGGGAAAGUGCAGGGCAGGGGGCACAUACUGCGACUCCCAGGGGGCGGUGUGGAGGAGGCGAACGGAGCCAAGGGGCCCCCCAGAGCACCUGCCAGCCCAGCCCGUGGCUCUUGCAGCAGCCAGGGCCGGGGCCAGGGAAGAGGCUAUGAAAGAAGCUGCGGAGCCGCGGACCGCCAGCCUGGAGGAGCUCCGGGAGCUAAAGGGCGUGGUGAAGCUGCAGCGGCGGCACGAGAAGGAGCUGCGAGAGUUGGAGCGGCGCGGAGCGCGGCGCUGGGAGGAGCUGCUGCAGCGGGGCGCGGAGCAGCUGGCGGAGCUCGGGCCACCGGGCGUGGGGGGUGUCGGGGCCUGCAAGCUCGGUCCCGGCAAGGGCUCUCGCAAGAAGAGCAAAUCUCCAAAAUGAUGGAGCUGGCCAGAGAGAAACAGGCGGCAGAGCUGAAGGCCCUGAAGGAGACGUCGGAGAACGACACCAAAGAGAUGAAGAAAAAGCUGGAGACAAAGAGACUGGAGCGGAUCCAGGGCAUGACCAAAGUCACCACAGACAAGAUGGCCCAGGAGAGGUUGAAGAGAGAGAUUAACAACUCCCACAUCCAGGAAGUAGUGCAGGUGAUCAAGCAGAUGACGGAGAACUUGGAGAGGCACCAGGAGAAGCUGGAGGAGAAGCAGGCGGCUUGCCUGGAACAGAUACGGGAGAUGGAAAAGCAGUUCCAGAAGGAGGCGCUGGCAGAGUACGAGGCCAGGAUGAAGGGUCUGGAGGCAGAGGUGAAGGAGUCGGUGAGGGCCUGCCUCAGGACCUGCUUUCCCUCUGAGGCCAAGGACAAGCCUGAGAGGGCCUGCGAGUGCCCCCCAGAGCUGUGUGAGCAGGACCCACUCAUAGCAAAGGCAGAUGCCCAGGAGAGCCGCCUCUGAUGCCCCCAUCCCACUGGGACAUUUAGCAAGGAGGUUCAGCCCCUUCUCUGGGAUGUGGUUCUAUUCCCCCAGGAAAAAGGAGCCCCAGCCUUCUGAGGCUGUGGGAACCUGUGGCUGCCUUGGACGCUGCAGCCCCCUCCUCAACGGCCAGGCCAGAGUCUGAGACAGGACCCAGGCACCCUCACGGCAGGGCCUCUCUGGGGCCUAGAAGUCUUCUCAAGCUGACUUCCUACCUCCCCCCCAUCUCUAGAUAAGUGUCAUAUAUUUGUUGAGGGCAAAAGACUAUGGACUGGAAGGCAGAAAGUGGGAUCCUGGCCCCAUUCUGCCUUUCCUAUUGAGCAACCAGCUCUGGGCUCAGUUUCCUCACCUGGAGGGUUGGACCCACUCACCUCCACUCUAGCCCCGAACCCUCCUGCCCCAGGCUUCCAGGCCCCAUCAGGCCUGCCCUGAGUUGGCCUUGUCCACUCCUUGAGGCAGAGCCUGGCACUACCUCACAGCUCCCUGGGGACGGCCACUCCCUGGCUGAGGGCCCUCCCCUCCCCUCUGCCUGUCCGGAACGGGAGGCUGAAAUGGAAAAGCUGCCUUGGCCCUGCUUGGCUGAGUCACAAUGGGCAGUGGCCUCUUGGGUGCUGUUCCACCCUGAACCUGGCUCACCCCUCUUCCUAGGCCUGGGGGCAGGCAGUUCCUAGCAUGUACCCCUCUCAGGCUGCCUGCCUGACAAGGUCAGCAUCAUUUGCUCUCCUGAAUUUAUGAGGUUUAUUUAUUUUUCUCUUUCCUACUCCUAUUAAAGAACCUCGUCCCAGUG